CCAAGCCACACAACUAGUACCAGAAUUCUAUGACAAACUAGUUACCGAAAUAAGAGAGAAGAUCUGGAUACCUAGCAGAAUAUUAAUAUCAUCUUAUAACCUAACAAUGAUCAAUCCUCCCUACACCACACCUACUACUACUUCAAUUACUAGCUACAAACAAAACCCAAUUGGUGCAUAUAAAUAG